AUGCACUCUCACCACAGUCACAGUGGGGACUAUGUGUCGCAUGCAACAGACAACUUGGAAGAAAUUGUUUCCAGGGCCGAAGAAAUGGGGUUUACACACUACUGCUUGACAGAGCACAUGCCCAGAUUACAUGAAAGGUUCUUGUACCCCGAAGAAGAGCAGAAGGCGUACACCUGCAAGAACUUGCAAGAGGAUUUUGAAAACUACUUGGUUCAUGCCAAAGCGGUGCAGCUGAAGUACCGUGAAAACAAGAGUUCCUUGAAGGUUCUCAUCGGGUUCGAAGUGGAAGGUUUAGACACUGAGCAUAUUGACUACACCAAGCGGCUCUGGGAGGAAAACUCGUCGGUGAUUAAUAUGUGUGUGGGCUCGACUCACUACGUCCACGAGACACCCAUCGAUUUCUCUCCGGAGCUCUGGCUUGAAGCUAUGUCAUUGAGUUCUGGCCAGAGUGCCAGGUCCUUGUUCUUAGACUACUUUGAGCUCCAGUACGAAGUGCUAGAAUCGCUUAACCCUACGGUAGUCGGUCACUUUGACCUCAUUAGGUUAUUCGAACCGUCACUGUCCACGGAUCCAACCACUGGAAAGUUAAUACAGGAUAUAGACAUUGAGACUGACUGGCCCGAGGUAUGGGAGCUGAUAAUCCGUAACAUCAAGCACGUUGCACUGUAUGGGGGCUUGUUUGAGUUGAACUCAGCUGCCAUCAGAAAGGGCUGGAAAUCUCCAUACCCAAAACGAGACAUUGCUGAGGCAAUUAAGAAGUACGCCGACGGCAGAUUUUGCUUUUCUGAUGAUUCCCAUUCAAUAAAGCAGGUGGGCCUCAACUAUCAUAAAGUCUGGGACUAUGUCACCAACCAAUUGCAAUUGGAGUGGAUAUAUUAUUUGGAUUUGGAUGAAGUGCUGGGUGAAACCAUAGUCGCUAAGAAAUCUGUCGUUGAGUUGAGCAAAUCCAAGUUUUGGGACAAAUAUAAGCAAUAG